AUGGCGGACCAAGUCCUCCUUUUUGCCCAGACAGAAAGAGCGGCAAGGGCUUUUGGAGAAUAUCUUUCACAAAACCAUCCCGAAGGUAGAAACGGCUCAGAUCACCUGUUAGCAGACUCCUACCUUGGACAGGAGGACUCCCCUGAGAUGCAGCAGGCGGCACAGAACAAGCGCAGGCUCUCCGUCAUCUCAGACGGAAAGUUUGAGAGGAGCUUUUCCGAGGAGCAGGCAGAGAAGAUGCCAAGCGAGGGACCGAAGCCACGAGUCUACACGAUCUCCGGCGAGAGGCCGAUGCUGUCGGACCACGAGAAUGAAAGUAUGGAACUGGUGGUGAUGAAAGGGGCUGCCCAAGAGGAAUGCCACCACGGCCACCAAGUGCACAGUGCUGGCGGCUCUCACGGCGUUAGCAGGCAUUGCAAGGGCUGGCCAGGCAGCCGGCAGGGCUCCAAGGAGUGCCCAAACUGCACCCGGCUGGCUGCCCCUUCCCAGCAUUCCUUUGACCUGGAGCAGCAUCAAUCCAGUGAGACUGGGUGGCACAGAAAAAGGCUGGAGAGGAUGUAUAGUGUCGAUCGAGUGUCUGAUGAUGUCCCCAUACGAACCUGGUUCCCAAAAGAGAACCUCUUCAGUUUUCAAACUGCUACUACAACUAUGCAAGCCAUCUCGGCGUUCAGGGGCUACGCAGAGAGGAAGAGACGGAAACGAGAGAAUGAUUCUGCAGCUGUUAUACAGAGGAAUUUUCGGAAGCACCUCCGCAUGGUGGGGAGCCGAAGGGUUAAAGCACAAACAUUUGCCGAACGGCGUGAGAGGAGCUUCAGCAGGUCCUGGAGUGACCCGACUCCCAUCAAAGCUGAUUCCUUCCAUGACUCUCGAGAAAGCCAUGAUCUUCAGGAUUCCUGCGGCACUUUGGAUGGUGACUUUGACUUGAACUGGGAAGCAGAAAAGGAACUUGAAGCCAUGGCAUGUGACGGAGAAGACUUUAUUCCACCAAAAAUAAUGCUCAUUUCUUCCAAGGUGCCCAAAGCAGAGUAUGUCCCGACAAUUAUCCGCAGGGACGAUCCCUCUAUCAUCCCCAUUCUCUACGACCAUGAACAUGCCACCUUUGAUGACAUCCUAGAGGAAAUAGAGAAGAAGCUUAACAUUUAUCGGAAAGGCUGCAAAAUCUGGAAGAUGCUGAUAUUUUGCCAGGGAGGUCCCGGUCACUUAUACUUGUUAAAGAACAAAGUUGCCACUUUCGCCAAAGUGGAGAAGGAGGAAGAUAUGAUCCUCUUCUGGAAGAGGUUGAGCCGGCUGAUGAGUAAAGUCAAUCCUGAACCAAAUAUCAUUCACAUCAUGGGCUGCUACGUUCUUGGAAACCCCAAUGGGGAGAAGCUAUUUCAGAAUCUGAAAAACUUAAUGAAUCCUUAUAGGGUUGCCUUUGAGUCUCCACUUGAACUAUCAGCUCAAGGUAAGCAAAUGAUUGAGACUUACUUUGACUUCCGCCUUUACCGCCUCUGGAAGACCCGCCAGCACUCUAAACUAUUGGAUUACGAUGACAUUUUAUGAGCUGGAGAAGACUUUGCAAGAAGAAGUUGAUCACCGGUGUCCAAGAAGUCAUGCUUAUCGCAGAGAGACUUUUUUAUUGGCACAGGGAGCCCUUCAAAGCCCUACAGGAGGCAGCAGUGCUAAAGGGAGGGAAGAAGGAGCCCUCGGAAGUGUGUCGGGAGGAAAGUGUCUCCUGGGUCAAGAGAGACUGGAGAGAAAGGGUUUGACACCUCACUCGCCUCAGGUCAGAGCCGUGGUGUCUCAGGAGGAGCUGUGUGAAACGAGGACAGGAUGGAGUUCCUUGCAGAACUGAGCUGUUUUGGGUCAGAAUGGGCCAGAUUUGAUUCCGGGUCCUUUUAAAGACUUUUGAAGCUCAGGUUUUCUUACAAAAAAUAAAAUCAAUUACCCAUGCACUACAGUGAAGAAGUGACCAGAGCACAGAGGAAGGAGGGGUUUGUACUUAUGGGACCUUCUGUGCUGGGGGAUCUUGGAGAGCAAGGACUGCUACACCUACUCCUGCAAGCUUAGAUCAAGACGAUCCAGUUUCAAUGUGAAUAUAUACUGGAAUAUAGAAUUGAAAUCUAACUUUUGUUUAAUAGAAAAUAAGUGCAAUUUUUAUAGCGAGAGGGGUAAAAUCCCUCCCAAUAUUUAAUUAGUUAAAAAUAACACGCCAGUAACCAAUAGAUGAGGUAUUUUUGGUCUGCUUGAAAAUAUAUUCAAAAUGGUAAUAUAUCUUCUGUAGACAUAUUUAAUCACCAGCAAACAUGGUUUUAACAUAA